AUUCUUUGAGGUUGAUUCCAUCAUUCUUGUUUUUCAUCACCAUCUAUCGUCUUCGUCUUCUUCUUCCUAAUUCCAAUGGAGAACGACACCACCACCAACACCAACAACGUCACGGCCAAAGUAUCUUCUGGAGGAGUCAAAUCCAACAAUCACAUCCAUCAAGAAGAAGAAGUUGAACAUUCCAAUUUCAAUUCGAAUUUGAAUGGCGAGGAAAAUAUGCCAGAAAAAAUUGAAGAAAAAGAAGAACAAGAACAACAACAACACGAACAACCUACUGGAUCUGAAACCACCACUCACCAACCUUCCAGAACCCCUUUCACUAAUCUCAGCCAGGUUGAUGCUGACCUUGCCCUAGCCCGAACCCUACAAGAGCAGGAAAGGGCAUACAUGAUGCUGAGAAUGAAUAAUGACGGAAGUGACUAUGGAAGUUGGGAAGGUGGUAGCUAUUUGCAUGAUGAUGGAGAUGAUUUUGAUGAUCUACAUGAUGGCACUGAUGUGGAUGAGGAUGAUGAUGAAGAUGAUGAUAACGAGGAUGAAUAUGAGAAUGAAGAUGCAUUUGAUGUCCAUGCUCAUGCUAGUGCUGGAGAACAUGAUAAUCCCAUCAUUGAAUUUGACCCAGAGCUGUUUUCAAGUGAUGAAGCCUAUGCAAGAGCAUUACAGGAGGCUGAAGAGAGGGAAAUGGCAGCUAGACUGUUGGCUCUUGCUGGGAUAAAUGAUCUUUCAUUUUCAAUUACAGAGGAGACCGAGGACAUGGAGGAACAUGGUGCUAACUCUCAGGAUGCUUGGGAGGAUGUUGAUCCAGAUGAACUUUCAUAUGAGGAACUAUUGGCAUUGGGCGAGGUAGUAGGAACUGAAAGCAGAGGUCUUUCGACUGAUACUAUUGCCUGUCUACCUUCUGUCAACUACAAGACCGGGAGUGAUCAACAUGGGAGCAAUGAUUCGUGUGUCAUUUGCCGGGUGGACUAUGAGGAUGAUGAGUCCUUGACAGUUCUUUCCUGCAAACAUUUGUACCAUCCUGAGUGCAUUAACAACUGGUUGAAAAUAAACAAGGUUUGCCCUGUUUGCAGUACAGAGGUAUCUGCUUCCUCCGGUAGCAACUUGUAGGAAGAAUGAACAAUUCUUCGUUUCAAAUUGAAGAAAGUUUGUGCAUGGUGGGAGCUAUGAUCCCUUAUUUUAAAAGCAUUAUUACCAAUAUGGGGAGAUAGUUUCUGCUUCGUUAUUGUAUAUCCAGCUCCUUCGUUUUAAAUUCAACAUGUAACUUUGGGAAUUAGUUCACUAGAUUGUUCUAUUUUAAGGGAAUGACUGGCAUUAUAGUUGUCAAGUACGAGGAGAGGAAUCGGGCUACUUAUUGUGGUUGUUCAGAAGAAUCAGAACUUUCAUCUCCAUUCUCUUUUAGAAAAGGAAACCUUUAUUUCUUUUAUGAAAAUGAUUAUUGGGAA